AAACGCUAAGCUAAAGGAAAACUCCCAGUUGGUACACUGCGAACUUUUCAGGCCCUUCUUAUGAUUGAGUAUGAAUUUGAGGGGCGGCCUUUCACUGGGCUGAAAAGAAAGACUAUUAGGCGUCCUAGUGGACUUUUGCAGCUUACAUGUUAUGUGUUGUCAAUGACAAACUCAUCUCAUCUUAUUAGGUAAACUGUCUUAGUAGGUAGCACGUACUGUUCAGCGCUCUUCAAAGUUCUAUGAAGUAUUCGUACUCCUGCGAUGCCGUAGGACCUUUCUAUUGAAGUUCUGUAGAAAGUUGGUAUUAGUACAAGUGUAUAAAUGCGUAAACUCUCGAUAGACUUCCUCAUAUCUUCCUAGAGUGGCCAGGCCGUCCUUUAUAACUCCCGCUGUCGAACAUAAUAACUUCUUCCGGAAGCAUUCGAUGUAGCUGAGACCUCCGUCCCUAAAUACACUAAGUUCUACCGUUACAGUUACCGCAGGUAGUAGGUACUUUGAUUGGUUGCCACAACGUCUGGUAUAACGAAACUCCUAUCACCAAAUAAUCCCCUUUACUAGACAACCCCUUCUUCCAUUUCAUUAGCUGUUGGACUCAGGCUACAAUUUGUCUAUACGUCAACAGCAGGCAUGUCGACGAGUUCCAGGCAAAAAAAGAUUCUCGUCUGCGGCGCCACCGGCAACCAGGGCUCAGGGGUAGUCCAACACUGUCUCAAGGCUGGACAAGCCGUGUUCGCUCUCGUCAGAGACGUAACAUCAACAUCAGCGCAGAAACUACAAGAUAGCGGCGCCACGCUCGUUGAGGGCAACUUCGACGAUGUCGAAUCUCUGCAACGCGCCACAGCCACCGUGGACGCCGUCUUCUUCACCGCGACCUACACGCUCGGGUCAGAGACGGACCUGCGCCACGCCAACAACAUCAUAGCAGCGGCUAGGCAGUCCGAUACCGUGUCGACUAUCAUCUACACGGGCUCGGCGAGCAUGGACCGCAUCCUCGCGCACCCUAUGUUUGGGCCCGAGUACUCUGAGUAUGAGUAUUGGACCACGAAACGCCGGCUCGAGACGCUGGUCCGCGAGUCCGGGAUCGCAAACUGGGUCAUCGUAAGGCCGGCGUGGUUCAUGCAGAACUUCCUCCCGCCUAUUUCGGACUUCGUGUUCCCUGGGCUGGCUGAUAAGAGGGUCAUGCCUGUUGCGUGGAAACCGGAGACUAGGGUUGAGAUGGUGGAUGGGUCUGAGGUUGGGGUCGUCGCCGCGGCUGCGGUUGCGGAUGUUGAGAAGUACAGCGGGCGGGUGAUUGAGUUAGCUGCUGAGGCUUUGACGCUGGAUGAGGUUGCAGAAGUGUUGAGUAAGGUCUCGGGAUCGCAGGUGAAGGUUGAUUAUAUGAACCCGAAGCAGCUAAUGUCGCUACUGGGACCGUAUGGAGGACAUGUUGCCGAACACCAGGUCAUGCAUAAUGAGCUUGGACAUUUUAUAGAUCUGGAGAAGACGAAUAGGGAGUUCAAGCUUACGGGCUUUGAGGAGUUCCUACAGAGAGCUCUUCAUUAGGCUUUACAUAUAUGGAAUCGCAAGUAAAAUAUAUUAAGGAGGUUCAGG